CUGCCAUUAUCAAACCGUUGGAGCAAUACAGGUCCAAGUCUAAAGCUCGCGUCAAGCUAUACCCAUCGACUGCCGCGGGCUUUGACGAUGUCGCGGCUCAACUUGAAGGUUUUGCUCGUCCACUAUGGGCAAUAUCAGGCCUCGUGGAUAAGUCCACCGACCCUUCACUGCGUUCCUGGCUCCGCGGCAUUGAAGCUGGUGUCGAUCCAGAGAAUUCCGAGUACUGGGGUCACCUCGGAUCCUUUGACCAGCGCAUGGUUGAGAUGGAAUCCAUAGCUUUUGCCUUAUUGAUGGAGCCUCAAGUGAUCCUGUCAUCCUUGAACUCCGAGUCUUUAGAGAAUCUCAAACAGUGGCUGAAACAAAUUAACAGCUUCGACAUGCCGCAAAAUAAUUGGCGAUGGUUCCGAGUUAUUGUGAAUUUGGCACUCACGAAGGUGCUGGGAUCCGACGAAGAGAAAGCGAGACAAGCCAUGGAUGCCGACUUUGAAUUGCUCGAUCAGUUCUAUCUCGGAGAGGGAUGGUCGUCGGAUGGUGUUUGGGGGGACGAUAGGAAGCAGGCAGAUUAUUACUCUGGAAGUUUCGCCAUCCAAUUCGCACAGCUACUGUACGCCCGCUGCGCAGUAGAUGACGAGAAAAGAGUUGCGAAAUAUCGACAGCAAGCGAUGGAUUUUGCGUCCGAAUAUUGGAGAUACUUUGACACGAACGGUGCUGCUAUCCCCUUUGGUAGAAGCAUGACUUACCGGUUCGCCUGUGGAGCUUUCUGGUCUGCCUUUGCCCUCUCGGACAUUCAGUCUACAAACUCUCGAAUUAGCCUGGGUGCAGUCAAGGGACUUCUCCUGCGGCACCUUCGAUGGUGGGUAAAACAGCCAGAGAUCUUCAAUUCAGACGGCACAAUGAACAUUGGCUAUGCGUACCCAAAUAUGUACAUGUCUGAAGACUAUAAUUCCAGACAAUCCGUCUACUGGUGCCUGAAAUCCUUCGUCGUGCUGGGGUUGCCAUCAGAUCAUCCAUUCUGGACCGUCAAAGAAGAACCCCAUCCGAUCUAUUCCUUGGUUCCAAGCGCCAGACAUCCCGACACUGCAAGAGUCUUUCCAGCACCUCAUCAGAUAGUAUGUCACUCUGAAGAGCAUCAUUAUCUUCUAUCAGCGGGACAGAUGACCGCCAAAAUGUUCAAGGCCAGAGAAGCAAAGUAUGGAAAGUUUGCAUACUCUUCUGCCUUUGGGUACAGCGUACCAACUGGCUUGGAACUCCACCAGGUUGCGCCCGAUAGCACCUUGGCUGUGACAUUGGAUGGCGGUGAACCGUGGAGGGUCAGGUCGCAACCAGUCGAUGUUCGCUUCGAUACUAUACCUAUUCACUCUGCAAAAGGCCAUGGCCAUCUUCCUUCCAUAACUAGCACGUGGAGACCAGUAAAGAACCUGGACCUAGAAAUCCAAACGACUUUGGUUCCUUUGACUUACCACUACCCGGGAUGGCAUCUUCGUAUCCAUCACAUAAAAGGCCUUGGAGAAGUCAAUGGCAUCCCGUGGUUCAACAGCUUCGAAAUAGUGGAUAGCUCCUUCGCAGUAGACGCGCUGACGGAUGCGGGGUAUCAUAUUCCUGCGAUUGACAGCGCAAAGAUUAAACAUGAUGGGCAGUUUGCCGAAGGUUAUGUUGCUGAGGGAUCCAGUGUUCUGGUCAAAUCUCGAGGGGGAGUUAGUGGCAUCGUUGAUUUGACGCCAAGCAUCCACCAUAAAGGAGAGCUUCGCCGUGAUGAACCGAAGCUAGGAGGGAGAGGAUAUCUGAUUCACGCAGAUCCUAACACAAACUUGGUUGCACAGAAGACGUUAAUUCCUUCCAUACGGUAUUCUGGUGCAGGUACCAUGGGUAAUCAGUCCAACGUGGCGUCGGAGGCUCCACCAUCAGCCAUUGUUGCAACUGCAGUGUUUGGCGUGAGCAAUGUGAACCAGAGCAUGGACUAUGUGCCAAAUGACUGGUAUUAUCUCAAGGAUGGCUGGGGCUCCAUGAAUAUGCUAGAUAUUGAUAUAACGGCAGCUGGUGAAACACAUAUCAGCAUUCAACAGGCAACACCUCAUGGGACUUUGGAAAGGGGCCCUCUAUAAAAUUAUACUCAGCCUAGGUGCAUUGAGAGCAUAUAUCUAUUUCUACGCUUCAAGCCUAUCUGUAUCUAUUCCACCACUAAUAAUAUCUGCG